CCUCAUGGUGGAGACGGUUUGGACGGGCCAUUAGAAAAUCCGGGUUAGUUCUGAAGUCAUGAGUUUUGGAAACUUUUUGAGGCGUCUUUCGACCGAUUUUGAAAAGUCACCAUCAACUCAUGAGUCGGCUCAAACCAGUGAGAACACUGGAGGCAUUAAUUCCAUUUUUUCUACACCUGGAAAGUUGUUAGAUUCAAUGAAUGUGAAGACCAGUCAUUUGGUCUCCGAAAUGAAUCAGAAGCUCGAUUUGGGUGGAAGGCUUGAUAAUUUAAAACAAGCAUCGAUAACGAAAUUGGAACAUGUUGUUCAUGGCACACUGAGUCAAAAGGAAGCAACGAAGCCGGACCAAGAGAGAACAAGUUUUGAAGCACAAACUGUGCACGUCAACCCAUUCAAUGAAGGGGAACAAAGUGCGACUGAUAAGUCACUUCGCCGUCAAAGUACACACACUGGUACGAGGCCUCCUAGACCACCUCCACCAAGUGCGGUCGCGCUGAGCAGAGCAAUGAGCUUGGAUGAAACUAAUUUAUCCAGAAAUAAGCCUGAAGAGCGAAAGUUGAGCAAGAAGGGAGGACUGUCCCCAACACUCGAACCUGCCAAAGAGGCUGAAGAAGAACGCUUUGGUGGCAACAGACCUGCAGAAGACAGCCUCUCUACGGAACAAAAACGAAGCUUCUCAGAAAGAUCCGUUGAAGAUGAUGACGGAGAUAGUUCAGCUUCCGAAUACGGUACUUACGGGGACCAGCCAGUAUAUAAAGCAGAGGCUGAGGACUACGACCAACAUUCCACCCAGAAACGAGACAAUGAUGUGCGUACCGCAGAAGAACUGGAUGAGAUAUCAUCAAGUCGCGUAAAGGAAGUAAUGAAAACUUGUGUACCGGCCUUACUACAUGGCAGGUACCAAGAAGUGCAAAAUUUUGACCCUGAACUUCAGGAAAUGCUCGGAACCUCACAAGGCAGAACUGAAUUUGUUAACGUUAUGGAGAAACAAGCUCGAAGUUCAGACAAUGUCCUGGAAGUGGGAAACUUGCCGUCGUUGCUGGACAAAAUUGGCUACCUUCUCAGUGAAUGCCAAGAUGCCGAAGAUUUUGGACCUGCAAAGAAGCUUCUUACUACAUCGUUGCUGUUUUAUGUUCAGGAUUCGGGGGCUGGAACUGAACGUGCAUUCUUGUUUGUACACAUUAAAACACAACCGAUUUGGCAAUCCCUCCGUUUCUGGAAUGCCUGCUUUUUCCAGUCCGUACAGGAAGCACGGGCAAAAUUAAUGGAGCAAAGCCAACCCGAGCAACGUCUGGAAGAAAUCGUCUACGAUCAACUCAAAUCAUACUUGAACACAAUGAACGUUUUUGACUUGCACACCACCGUAAAGCAGGAAUUUCUUCGGAAACACAGCAGUCUGUUCAACCUGCCGGAUGAUGAAGUCGGUAAACUUCAGGCGAUAAUCGGCGACUUGCGCUGAGCAACCUUUCGCGGACAAACUGCAUUUGUUCGCAAAGCCAGCACCCCACACAUCUCGUGCAUAACUCAUCAAUGUCAAUCAGUUAAAUAAACUGCUAGAUUAGUUACCCCAUCAACCUCAGCUGCACUUUAAAUUUAAAAAUCUGUACACGAUACCAAACUCCCAUCAGACUGCUUACUCGUGUACGUGGUAUUUUGCACGAGGUACUGUGUUUACCCCUUCUCCGAAACCGGAAUUGUUAUAUCAUUACCCUUCACAAGUGUUUUCACUGCUCUGAAUGUAACGAACUUCGCGUAA